GUGCUAAGCCUACCACACUGUAUAAAAGUACACAUCUCGAGCAUUCUAUUGUUGAAAGACAACGGAUUGCCCCGAAUUUCCUUUUAUUUUUAAUCCGACUUUUUCGGAUGACUGCGACAAAUAUUGUUUGCAGUGACUUUUUGAACGCCUUUAAAACCACUUCAUAUUGUCCAUUUCUGCAUAUUUAUUACCUAUUUACCGCCAUUAAAUCGAAUUUUUACUCAUUUUGGAAACCACUGGCCUUUUUUAUCAAAUGUUGCCAGCGGAACAUCCGUUUAUACUUGACUGGAGAAAUUCAGACCUAGGAAUUUAUACUUAAGGUUUUUAAACCAUUUAUAUUUAUCUUCCAGUAUAGGAAAUUAAUUUUAAAUUGUAAGUUACAUUUAUAAUAAACUUAAUUUAAUCUAGGAAGGUAGUCCUAAAAUAACAGUCAGUUAUUUAAAUAUGGAAUUUUUAUAUAGCAUACCAUUUAAAAUUCUUGAAGUUCCUAAUCUGCGUUUAAAACGGCCAUCAUGGUUUAAAAAACCAUCCGCGAUGUUUAUGUAUGUAAUUGUAACAAUCUCGUAUUUUCUGGUCACUGGAGGUAAGCUUAAAAAGAACUUACCUAUCAUAAAAUUAUUUUAAAUAUUAUCUAUUCUUUAGGAAUCAUCUACGAUGUAAUAAUAGAACCACCAAGUGUAGGUUCAACUACUGAUGAAAAGGGCCAUUCCAAACCAGUAAUUUAAUUUUUAAUAAUUUGGUCAUUUAAAAUAUAUAUACGUACAAGAUGAUAAUUUUAUCAUGAACCAGCAGUUUUCUCUGAAGAUUUUUAGUGAAUUUGAUUUCUGAAAUCUUAUUAAUUAUUUUUGAAUCUCUUGAGCCUCAUUUUAAAACUAUUUUCCAUUUUUAUCCCAAAUUACACAUACCUUUAAUUAUUAUAUACUUUUGUUUUUUUCAAAUAGGAAUUUACUUUUUCACCUAAUACUAAUAUCAGAUUUGUCAAGUUAAUAUGUAAUUUAUUGCCCUUCUCUCUACUAAUCCAACUUUUACUUUAAAUGGUAGUAACUCAUAAACAAUAAAUCUGAUAUUAGUAUUAUGCGUAUCAACAUUUCUAAAAAAUAUUCCUUAUUUAAAUCUGUUUACAAAAAAAAUGGGUUCCUAUUUGAAAAACGAAAGUAUAUAUUAAUGUAAGGUAUCUGUAGUUGGGAUAAAAAUGAAAAUUGGUUUUAAAAUGAAGCUUAACCAAUCCCACAAUAAUUUAAAAAAUCACUUAAGAUCCACAAAAAAUUGUUGGUUCAUAAUAAAAAAAAUUAUUCUAUACAUAUUUUGUUUAAUAGGUAGCAUUUAUGCCUUACCGAGUCAAUGGACAAUAUAUUAUGGAAGGAUUGGCAUCAAGUUUCCUUUUUAACAUUGGUGGUUUAGGAUUUGUCAUACUAGAUCUAACAAAUACAAAAUCAACCCCAAAAUUGAAUCAUACACUCUUAACUGGUGUUGGAUUUGCUUGCAUCAUAAUUUCAUAUUUUACAUGCUGGACAUUUAUGAAAAUGAAACUUCCGUAAGUACCUAUUUAGUUCUUAUUUUUAAAUUCAGUUCUCAACUGAAGUGUUGUAUGUUUGUAUAUAGGCCUGUCAUUCAUGACAUACUUCCAACAAUUUUAUGAAAUAAAAAAUUUAGUAUAGCUUUAGAUCACUCUCUGAGCAAUAUCAUAUAUUCAACUUAGGGGCCUUACAUUAUCUCUGGUAUUUCUCAAAUUCAUUUGUAUGAGCACAAAUUUUUGAGCCUGUUCCUAAUCAAAAAUAACUAGAGUAUUCGGUUGUACAUAAAUACAACAUGCGUUGUAUGAGCAACAUCCCAAAAUCUUAAAUUUGUUUAAGAAAAUUCAAAUUCAAAAAUCACAUUUCUUUAUUAUUAUAAUAGAAAACUAGGAAUUCUUGUAAAUCUUUUUUAAAAAAGUGAUUCUAGUUUAAAGAAAAAAAAAUAUGUCAAUGAGGUUCGCAACUUGUUGAAAGUUCUCUAAGUAGUUCAUACCAUAAACAAUGUUUAGAAAUAUUGUAUUAAUUGAUAAAAAGGUUUUAUUCAUUUUUUUAUAAUAAUUACACUAGAGUUGGGAUGUCUAUGCACUAAAAACUGGAUAAAAUUAAGUUAAAAAGUAAUUGUGUAGUAUUAUUAAAGUGGGGUUCCAUGAUAAAAGAGGAUAUUUAUCAAAAAUUAAGAAACACUGAUAAUAUAUUACAUUAACAAACUUCAUUUAUAUUUCUUUUUUUUUAUUUAUUAAUAUAAUUGUGUCAAUACACUAAGUAUUUUUACAAUGUUUUUAUUAUUAUAUAAUUAUGUGAUGUAUAAUAGAUUUGGUUAGGUUAGUCUGGGUCAGAGUCUGAGGGUUAGUCUGGGUCAGAGUCUGAGGUUGAGGUGUCUUCAUUGGGAUCUAGUAGGAUGUCCUGAGGUAGAUUGGGAUCUAGUAGGAUGUCCUGAGGUAGCCGAGGCUUGAGUCUUAGAUUUGUGGAUCUCUUGCCGAUAUUGUAGUGACGGGCUCCGUCAUUUAUAAUUUUGAUUAAUAUUAUACCUACAUAUGAAAACUGUUUGAUUUUUGAUUUUCUCAUAACUAAAAGUGUUCUAUUUAUAUUGAUAUGGACUCUUAUGUUUUUUUCUUAUUAUCAAUUUUUUUAUAUUUUUACUGUAAAUAAUUAUUAAAAUGUAUGUAGGAUAUGCACAAUAAAGAAAGCAGUAUUGUCAUCGGCUUAUUCAAUGACUAGUUUAUUUCUAAAAAUAACAUACAUAUUUCAUUAUAAAUAACAUAAAAAUAGAGUUUUUGUUAUUUCUGGUUAUCUACUAAAAUUUUCUUGAAUAAUAAACUAAUAUUGUUUUUUUUCAGAGGCUACUUGAAAACAGGAUAUUGAAAAUCUACUUUGAAAUGAACAAAUCACAAUUUUUUUCAUAUAUCAAUCAAUAUUUAUCAAUUUAUUGAGUUGUAAUUUAAAAAAAACAAAAAUUAAAAAUAUAAUUAUAAUUUUUCCAUCACUUUAUUUUUAGCAUUAUAUUCUUCUUGCUUUUCAUAGAUUAAUACUGAACAUUCUGAAAAAGUAAAUUACAAAAUUAUAAAUAUAAUAAAAUUAACAUGAAACAGUAUAUUUUUAAUUAAUGUGUAUGCAUGGGAGCAUGUAUACAUGGGAGGGGACAUGUUUUUCCCUUGAAAAAUAACACUUACAAAAAAUUGGUUUUUCUUGAGCCUAACACAUAAGCUAAAUUAUUAGUGAUUACAUAUGUUUGGAACCCUGAUCCCAUAUUACCAUAUGAGCGCCCAUGUUUGUAUGUUGUAUUUACUAUUAAUUUGUAUUCAAGUUAAA